AUGCUUCGUCUCCACCGGAUCUUGGUGCUCUGCUGCUUCUGGUGUUUUCUGCUACUUCACGGACAGGCUGACGAAGAGGGCCUCUGGGGAACGACGCCACCGAGAGAAAAGCCACCGGAGAACAAAGGGGGCUGGUUUUGGAAACCAUCCCUUCCAUCCCUUCCCUCCCUUCCCUCCCUGCCCAAAUUCAAAAUCCCAUUCUUCAGGAGUUCGGACGACAAAAAAGAGGCCGCCGCGUUGACUACAAUCGCUAAGGGGUUGAAAGACACGUUGGAAAUCUCGCAAUACUCGGGUUCAGGGGAAGGGAGCGAGUCUGAGGCAUCUGAAACACCCACCAGUUCGACGCAGGGCCUCCCAGUCAGCGUGACAAAGAUAAGAACUGAGUCACUUCCCACAGGAACAUCAGAUUCUCCACACAGCAGCAUAGCGCAGAGCGACAAUGAUGCUCUUGUCUCAGACUCCCACUCUCCCACAAGCAGCUCUAUCAGCAGCAGUGACAGUCCGGCCACAAGCACAAACGCUCCUGAACAAAACGCAACACAUACCCACCCACACCAGGGCAUCACACUGGCAGCUGGACCCAGCACGGGUGCCACAGAACGACACCUCCCGGAGCAACGCACUGAUAAGGAGGUGGCUGAAGAUUUUACAGGGAAGAUCUCGUCGACGAUAGCAUCAGAAACCACAGUUCCCACUGCCUUGACAUGGGUUGCUACCCAAACCUCCACAGCAAAGCCAGGACUGGUCCAAACCACACUGAAAACACGUAGACCCUCUCUGAGGCCCGUUACUCCCCCUACGACCUCACAGACAACGUUUGUCAGAAAUCCACACGAGUCGACUGCUGGUUUUACCCUCCACGCUGGAGAGGCCACAGUGGCAGAAACUCAGCCCACUGCGAGUGAGGCUGAGCCGGGCGUCUCCGAGGCCGGGUCUGGGCCCGGGGAGGAACAGCCGGGGGUAAUCACCACUGCCACGGGGAUCGAUCGCAAACUAGUCCGGGAAUCCAUAACGAGCACAACUCCGAGCCUAAAGGUUAACUUCCCAAUAGCAGGAGAGCUGCCAGGCCAGGAGGAGAAGGAGGAUGAGGAGGCUGAGGAGGUUGAGGAAGGUGCGGUGCCUUUAGCCGCUGCAGAUGAUGACAGGAGGUCGGGAGACAUUUCCACGCCGCCUGCAGAGCUGCUGACAACAUCCCUGCAUCAGAGCACCGCCACUCUCUUGGAAACUCCACCUAUUCCCCUGGACACUGAAGACUGGACGUUCGACCCGGUGGACGGCAGUGUCACGUAUCUCCCAGACUGCAAUAAAGAGCGUUCCGGGAUCUGCAACCUCUCGGACACGUGGGACUCCAUCACCACCGCCUCCACCUUGGACGCCAGACCCACACAAAACACCACUGCCGCAAACCAAUCAAUCAACCCUUUUCUAAUCCCGGCUCCACCCAUGUUGGUGCCCCUGUACACUGACUGGAACAGUGCCAUGGCAGCUUGGGGCCUGGCUUGGGAGGCACACGUUUACGGCGCUGGUUGUGUCUUCGCGAUGCUAACGCUAGCCUCGGCGCUCAAUCUGCUCUGCUUGCCACUGCGAUGCCCGUCUGGGUGUGGCUACUUCGCUCUAGUCAGCCUGUUCCUACUGGCCGCUGGUUGCACCAGAUCGUUCUCGCUCCUGUACGACGCCUACGGCCACCAGGAUCGCCUGCCCUUCACGGAGGCCUCACUGAUGCUCUACGAGGCGCCCUUUCCCUGCCUGACAGCAGCUUUCGGCCUGGUUUUCCUUCUCCUCUCCAUGCGCUCAAGAAUGCAGCUCUCCUACUCAGCCUUCCAGAGACCCUGUUUCCUGGCCUGCCUGGUUGUCCUGCACUUUGCUGCUGCAUUCGGCCCAGUGACGUUACUGAAGUUCUACCAGCAGAAGCCUCCCCUCUGCCUCUUUCUCUCACUCAUCUCCCGUGGAGCCUUUGUAGUGCUGGCCACUUUUCUGUCCACGGCCUAUUUUGUGUUCUACAUCUACGUGCGGGCGGACUCGAAGCACAUCUACCACCUGAACAACACCUCUCCCACACCGGCUGAGCGCUAUAACCGCUGCCCCUUUGCUGAGAGCCGAGAUUGGGACCGUGCAGCCAUAACUGUCUGUAUCUCAGCAUUGUUUUCUUUAGCAUGUGCAGGACUGCAGUUGUAUGCAAUACUCAAUGCUAUGGGUGUUGCCGGCGGAGAGGAGGUGUUCCACCCCUGGCCCUGGUGGGCUUUUCAGUUUAGCUGCAGACUAUGUGAGCUCGGGGUCUGCCUCACCUUAGCCUUGGUGGUCGCACAACCCGUCUACUGUUCAGACCACCUUCCAUCUGCAGGAAGCUGCUGGACUGAACUGAUGGCCUCCAAGUCGACCAUUCUGCCUGGGACCUACAAGUGGACCCGGAGCCAGCAGGAGAAACUCGCCAUUGUUGAUACAGUUGGGCUUGGAGAGUCCGAGAGCCUUCCUCUUUACACCCUGAUGGAUGAGAGGGUCGGUAAUAGUCUGAACGGCCUGGACCUCCUCUACCACAGCAACCGGGCCUUAGCAUACCGAGACCUGGAUAUGGACUUACUGGGGUCAGGAAAAGCUGAGGAUGGAGGAGGCCGAGAACCAUCAGGAUCCUCAUUCACCAGUGACUCCACCACAGACCUGCGGCCACCUUCGCCCAUCAACCUGCGUCGCAGUAUAGAUGAGGCCCUCUUCAGUGAGGCCCUGUUUCCCAUGAGCCUCUUCAGUCCGUCUAGGCCUAUUCGCCUCAGUGACAUAUCCAUAAACAACCACAGCGUACCUCCCAUCGACAGCCUCUGUGAUCCUCUCACAGCUGACUCCAGCCUUUAUCGGACUUCUUCCUGCGUGGAGAUGGCCUCUCAACCCCAGCCCCCCAUCACCAAACCUCAAGGAGAAACCAUCAUAGGCGCUCAACUGUCUCCCUCCCUCUCCACCUCCUCCUCCUCCUCCUCCAGCAGCUCAUCUCCUGAACGUUGGAGGGGCAGUUCUUCCUCCUGUUCUUUCUACAGAGCGUCUCUCGGGGGCUCCUCGCUGGUCCUCUGCCCGAGCCCAGAGAGACAGGCUCAGCGACUUCCCCAUCGAGGGGACACAGGCCACCAGGCCCACGCUGACCCUCAGAGGCACUAUCAAACGCUGGGCGCGGCUUCACAGGAGAGCCUGGACCUGGACAUGUCGUCUGAGGCAGACCGAUCGGUGCAGGACGAGUUCAUCACUGUUUGCAGACAAAUCGAUUCUUUGAGCAUCUGCAGUGAGACGAUUGAUUUAUAA